UAAAUGUCAACGUCAAGAAAUAUUGACAAUGUAAUCAAAAAGCAACAAAUCGUAUUUAUUUCACUUUCAUAAAUAAAAUUCUUUACAUAAACUUUAACAAGCUUGCUUAAGUGUUUAUUAGUGUAUAAAAAGUAUAAAUAAAGCCAUAAUGUCGUCUAGUCGUUCUAAAACUUCGAUUUUGGACAAGCCCUUAAGCAAAGGCAAAGGGGAGGUUUCCUUAGCUCUUUACGCGCUUUUAUUUUCGGAAAUCGUACAGUUCUGCCAGAAUAGAUCGCAUUCUAUUCAUGAACUCCAAACAAAGUUGUCUGAAAUGGGUUACGAUGUUGGUACAAGACUCCUCGAUCUUUACUUUGUGAGGGAGAGGAACAGCAAACGAGAAAUAAAGUUACUGAAUAUGCUACUGUUUGUAAAAUCUACUCUGUGGAAGGUAUUGUUUGGAAAAGAAGCAGAUAAGUUAGAACAUGCUAAUGAUGAUGAAAGAACGUAUUAUAUAAUUGAAAAAGAUGCAUUAGUUAACAAGUUCAUAAGUGUACCCAAAGACAAGGGCUCUCUGAAUUGUGCUUCGUUCAAUGCUGGGAUUAUUGAAGCUGUUUUAACUAAUGGUGGAUUUCCAGCCAAAGUAACAGCCCAUUGGCACAAAGGAACUACGUACAUGGUUAAGUUCGAAGAUUUUGUCAUAACCAGGGACAAAUGUUUAGAUGACCGCUAAUUAAAAAUAAACUUUUAAGUAAUUGUAUAAUAAUAAUAAUAAAUAUUUUAAUUUAAGUUAAA